GAACAGUGGGUCAGAACCAGCUGUGUUUAGUUUGGACUCAGCACCUGUAGUAUUCCACAGACAGAUCAUAGGACCUGAAAGAUGGCAGCACCAGCUACAAAAGGCCCAGAAUAUGGCUAGACAGAUUGAUUACACAAAGUCAGAAGGAGAAGAAAGUGAAUGAGAAAGAAGGGGAGACAGAUGGAGGCAGUGACUGGGGUGGGGGGGCAGGAAGAGGAGGCGGACACAAGGAGCUCGGGUCGCCGUGGAAACUGGAUAUUAGGGGAUAGUGUGGCAAGUAUUUGUAGAGGAGACAGAGAGACGGUUUGACAGCAACAUCACACAAGAUUCUCCUUCAACAGGGCACAGACAGACAUAUCACACCCACACACACAUCAUAUGUCUCUUAUCAGCACAUAAACGUGAGACAUAUACUUUUCCAGUAUACACUCGCUGGUUUGUUUUUCAGUGUAAAAGUUUGAAACACAAAUUGGGGUAGGCCACGUGGUCACAUCGCUGUCUGGCAUACAGACAAUAUUAGGUAAAGCUUUUUAGUACAACAAAGACAAUGAAACACUGGACAAACAUAGAUAUGGACAUACACAGAAACAGCAUACAAACAUCAGGGCUUCCAGACAUCAGGGACACAGCCAGUUGAUGCCAUCUUAUACCUAUCCACAGCCUUGUCUCCUCCUCAUUUGGUUUCUCUGUCUCGCAGUAAGCCUUGUGUAUAAUUUUGCCUGGCACCACAGCGCGCCCUGUGCUUGCAGCCCUCAAUGGGCCGAGGCAUUUUCACUCACUGACCACUUUAUAAGGUACACCUAUACACCUACAUAUUAAUGCAAUUAUCUAAUCAGCCAAUCAAGUGGCAACAGUGCAAUGCAUUAAAUCAUACAGAUAUGGGUCAGGAGCUUCAGUUAAUGUUCACAUUAACCAUCAGAAUAGUGAAAAAAUGUGAUCUGAGUGAUUUCAACCGUGGCAUGAUUUUUGGUGCCAGACCUUUUUUAUUAAGUGUACAAAUGGUAGUAAAUACAUAAAUAGGCUUACUUGUCUUUCUAAACAAUAACAACUGAGGAGCUGCAACAGGUAAUUUCACCAUUAUAGAACAUUUAAUAUUAUUAGCAGUAGAUUUAAGCUGGCUCAAGAGGACAGGCACAUCUGCCCUGACCCUUUAUUUGAAUUCGUCCAAUGAGACUGAAGCACUGCGUGCGCACUGUGUGGAAGGUUACAAAAAUUGUCAUGUGUGCAACUGUGCAAAAUGGAGGCGACAGCCUUGAUGAUGUCACUUUCUGCGUGCAAGCAAGUGGAUGCGUUAAGUAUUAACCAGGCUUUUGUGAGAGCAGGUCUCUUCUGCUGUUUUUAACUCUAGGCCCCCAAAGGCUUUUUUAGCAUAACACAUCUGUGAAUUCAUUUGGUAAAAAAGGCCUGCAGCAAAACAUGUUUGUACAGAACAGUGGAGGACUACAAGACCACUUGCUGAGCGAAGGGGGAGUGUGGAAUUUUUUGUUUUGUUUUUCUGGGCUAAAUGUAUACAGUGUUAAGUACAUUUAUAUAUUCAAUAUAAACACAUAUUAGCAUACUGUAUAUAUUAGGAUAGUUCACCCAAAAAUAAAAAUUCUGUCAUUAUUUACACACCUUAUUUUGUUCCCUGCCAAUAUGAAUUUUUCUCUUAAUAAAAAAAGAGAUGUUGGGGACUAACAGUCUCAGUCACCAUUUACUUUCAUUUUAUAGAAUACAAUGAAAGUGAAUGGUCUCUGAGACUGCCAGUCUUUAAAAUUCGAGUGAUAUUAAAAUUUCUCCUCCUGCCUUUCUUGCAUCUUCUGCAGCUCUGGGGCCUUAUAAAGAUGGAAAGAGGCGUUAGCCAGGCGCUAGACCUGUGCAGUUACCACGGCAACAAAGCCUUAGAGGCCAUGAAGUGUUUCCUGCCCUCAGAGGCUCGGUCAGCGCUGGAAAACCUGCCCUGCGCCAUCACCAAGUUCUGAAGAUGAUUACACUGGACGUAAAUGACAUGAGCUCCUCUGUGUGCGUGGUGAAUGCAGACGGACAAGCACCUGAUCAAAAAGUUAAAGUUGAGAAAGAUGCAAAUGUUAUUGAAAACACAGAGGGAAAGAUGGAGAGCUUCUUUCAGCGCAUUACGAAACGAUCAGCCACAUACACAGGUCCUGAUGGUCUUACAACAGAGGUGGAACGUUCCAAUUGCAGGAAGAGAGUCAAGGUGACAGCACAGACUGGAGAACAUCUCCUAGAUAGCAGUUCAGAUGAUGGAAGCAGGUCCUACUCUCACAGUCACAGAUUAUCUCCACAGGAGCAGAUUCCUAUCUCCUCAUACAGGAAACCACUCUACAGCAUCACACAUCGCAUUUCUGAGCGUAAAGCCGCAUCAAAUCUGGACCAGCAUGGAGUUCACAAUGGAGCCAGAGCAAGCCAUAAUGGUAUACACUUCCAAACACUGGGCAGUUCUGGAAAGCAUCACAUGUUUAAGGCGCCCCCUGGUGUGGGGGUCACAGGGUCUCCUGCUGCCUUGGAUUCUCACCUCUACCCGCUCAUUGAGAAGAUGUUCUUCCUCCUCAACACGCUGAAUUCCAGUAUGGCUCAGCUGCAUAGUAAGGUGGAUUUGCUCUCGCUGGAAGUGACACGCAUCAAAAAGCAGAUGAAGCCCUCUGAGAUGAAUAUGGAAUUCCAGCCACCUCCUGAAUACCAGCUGACCAGUGAUGAGCUGACCCAGUUGAUGGAGCAAACGUCCACUGCAGGCGAGCUGGGCUGCAGGCUGCUCGUUCAGCUGUUCCCAGAACUUUUCACAGCAAAGGAAUGCACACACGGCUGCAGCUCGUGCGGCCUGGCAAUGGAACGCACAUUAGACUCAUUGCACCUUCAGCUACUACGAAACUAUGUGGAAGUCUGCUAUCCACUGGUGAAAAAUGAAAACAUCUGGCAGACAGAGUGCCUGCUGCAGAUCAAUGAUUUCUUUAAUCGUUUCUGGGCUCAGAAAGACAUGGAGAGUGGUCAGGUGUGUAGUAAACAGGUUAUCGGGUUUGACAUGGAACAGAAUCACCGUUCUCAUUUCAUCAAUGAAGAUGUGCAGGAUGAAAAUCUUUCCCUGAACUCUGCAGAGAACAACAAAAUUCAUCCUAACAAUGUCAACUCAGACAUAGUGUUUGACCACCAGGAGUCUGCUGAUGACUCUGUAGACUUAACCUCCCCCGAAGACCUCGUAAUUUUCCUGUUGAACAGACUCUUUCCAGAGGUGUUUGAGGAGGGUAAGUUGCCAGAGGGCCACAACAGCAUUGGAGAGUUGAUCAUUGACUCAGACAGACUAGAGAUUAUACGAAAAUACAUGGAGGCCAAUUUCCCUGACGUCCCAGAGGACAACUGGCUGCAGUUGUGCAUACAGCGCAUGGAGGAAGCAUUGGAGAAUGCUUCAGCCAAUGGCAGUGGUUGUGACAGUAACCAAGAUGACAACAUCUCCAUUGUUAAGAUCACUGACCUCUGUGAUUACGAGAAGACAAAUUGCAGGUCUAAGAAAUCAUGGUUGGAGCCUGUGGAUUUCGACAACCUGGAGAUUCCUCCUCCAGACUUCGAUGUUCCACUGGAGUAUUUACUCACAAAGGAACAGCUAAGGAACAACUACGAAUGCAGUUUAUCCAUCGGGAAUUUUGCCUCCCGUCUCCUGGUUCUCAUGUUCCCUGAGCUCUUCACUUAUGAGAAUGCACGAAAACACUACAACUGCAGCGGCUCUCUGGGGAAGAAACAGCUGGAUCCCGUAAGGGUCAAUCUCAUCCGAUAUUACGUCCAGCUGUUGUACCCACGGGCUAGGAAUGACCGUAUCUGGACCCUUGAGUUUGUUGGCAAAUUGGAUGAGCGCUGUAGGCGACGGGAUACUGAUCAACGCCGCUCAUAUCAGCAACAACGGAAGUCCUAUUCACCUGAACAAGAGCCUGACCCGAAAGACUCGCUAACUGCUGGCCAAAUCAAUGUUCUCACCUCAGAUCGUUUGAAAGAGGAUUUUGAAGUCCUACCUUUACCCCUGGAGAAAAGCAGUAAAGACUUCUGCAAGAUUCCUCUUGAGGACCUCUCAGUAUCGAACCCAGAUUUCCCAGUGCCUUCCGACUACCUGCUCACGGAUGCUGAAGUGAGGGAGAUUGUCCAGCAGAGUCUGUCUGUUGGGAAUUUUGCCGCCCGCCUUCUCGUUCGUCUCUUCCCGGAGCUUUUCACGCAGGAAAAUUUACGGCUGCAGUACAACCACUCGGGGGCCUGCAACAAGAAACAGCUGGACCCUGUGCGUCUCCGACUUAUUCGCCAUUAUGUGGAGGCUGUUUACCCUGUAGACAAAAUGGAGGAGGUGUGGCACUACGAAUGCGUGCCAAGCAUUGACGAGCGCUGCAGGCGCCCUAAUCGCAAGAAAUGUGACAUUCUCAAGAAGGCAAAGAGAUCGAACAACACUGUGACUUAUUCCUAACAAUGUUCCUGCAAAGUGCGGUCAUGCUUUCCUGUAUUUUACACAAUAUAGUUGUUAUUUGCACAAGUCCAUAAGCUGAAGCAUAUUAAUUAAUCUUGUCCUUGUUUUAGGUCCAGUUUGAAUCUUUUGGCCUGAAACAAGAUGGGCAUGUAGGUGACAGAAAAGUUUGUGAUUGAGGCCACCAUCAUCUGACAAUGAUAUAUUAGUAAUAAUAUUUAUAUGCCAAAUAAUUAUUGAUGUAAUUAUAAUAUCUAAUAGAUAAGCUACAGUAGCCUUAAUCAACUUAAAUGUAAACAUUAAAGGGAUAGUUUACCACAAAAUGAAAAUUCUCUCAUCAUUUACUCACCCUCAUGCCAUCCCAGAGCAGAGCACAAACGAAGAUUUUUAGAAAAAUUUCUCUGUAGGUCCAUACAAAGCAAGUGAAUGGUGAUCAGACCUUUGUAGCUUUGUAAUCCAUUUGACUCCAGUGUUUAAAUCCAUAUCUUCAGAAGUGAUAUGAUAGUUGUGGGUGAGAAACAGAACAAUAUUUAAGUUCUUUUUUUUUUACUCUAAAUCUCCACUUUAACAGAUGAGAAAGUGAUACUAAACAGGCACCUCAUGUGACUUUCAGAUGUAAAAGUGAAAGUGGCGAUUUGGAGUAAAAAAAAAAUGGAUUUAACCACUGGAGUCUUAUGGAUUUCUUCUAUGUUUCUAUUAUGUGAUUUUUGGAGCUACAAAGGUCUGAUCACCUGUAUGGACCGACAAGAGCUAGAUAUUCUUUUAAAAAUCUUUGUUUGUGUUCUGCUGAAGAAAAAGUCAUACACAUCUGGGAUGGCAUGAGGGUGAGUAAAUGAUGAGAGAAUUUUCAUUUUAUGGUGAACUAUCCAUUUAAGAUCUUUUAAAACAAUAUAGGUCACUUUAGUUUGGGGUGGGGGUUGAAGAUCGCUAUAUAUUUUUGUUUUUAGUUGUAGCAAUGUUGCAGCACUGGCUUUUUAUAAUUAUGAACUUACUGAUGUAUGUCCUGCCUUACAGGAAGUCAAUCUUUUUCAUCUGUACUAAAUGAUAGCAACAGGUUAUGUGUUAUAUAUUUUUAAAUAAAAACACACUUCCUAGCAGA